CGCUUGCCUUCUACCAACUCUUCUGUUUGAAGCACACGCUUUUGCGCAGGACUCAGAUUUAACCAAAUAUUUGCUCUUUUUCCAUUAUUGGGCAUCAAACGUCAGCACGACCAGGGAUAUCGAUCCCUCCGUUGUCGAAGGAAACUCGAUCCUUGAGUCGCUGCUUAACCUGGCUUACCAUUGUAUGCCUUUAGUCUCUCUCUGCGAUGGCUACUAGUACGCAUUCAAGCCAGCAGUCGUUUCCGAUUGCCAGUGGCUCGCCUCCAUCGGGUGAAGCAUUCCAUCAGCAUCCCACUAAAAGCAACCCAUAUGCUACACCUCCAUCUCCACAGACCUCUGGAUACCAAUCAUUCAGUCAUGGGCAGAGAAAUAGUGGCCAACAAGCUGUGGCGGGGUCUCAGUCAUGUUUUAAUUGCGGCGCACCUGAUCAUUGGGCGCAAUUUUGUCCUGAGCCUCGUCGCGCAGUUCCAUUUGGGGCUGUGAAUCAAUCUAACGUGCCACGGCCACCAAAACAUAGAAAGUUCAGUGCUCCGAGUUUCGCGCAGCAUCCUGUUCCCUACUACGGCUAUCCACCGCAGUAUGGGCCCCAUUAUGGCUCAGCGUAUCCGACUGCAAUGCCACAUGCUUAUCCACAAGCGGCUCCGUAUGCUGUCCCUCCUACUCCAAUAUCAGCCCACGGUCAAGAGCCUCCUCAGUGGCCUCAGCAACCUUCGUCCUACUACCAUGGAGCUUUUACGGCAGGCCAGUCGUAUCCCGUCGGCCCGUACGGACCUCCGACGCCAGCGACGCCGUCAGAGCACCAACACCAGAGUCCCUGGUCUACUCACGGCCCUCCGAUCCAUCCUAACGCUUUUCCUCAUUCAACGCAUCAGCCGUCUCAGGCCACAGACGUGCUGACGAAUCCUAUUAAUUCAUCAGGCCAAGCAAGGAUGAUGCAUGGAUCAGAUCGUUCUUCUGUUACGUCUCACCAGGAACCACAUCACAGCAUCUCAUCGUCUUCUGGAAAUAGUGCGUCUAGCCAUUCUGUCUCGGUAGAACCGCGGCCUGGUUCAGGUGAACGUUACAUAUGCACACCAGUCUCUGCUUCUCAGAUAGAACAUCCUGCCGCAAAUUCGGAGCCAGCCGUCGAUUCCGAGAUUUUUGAUCUUGAGUGGGAGCAGACAUUGUUUGAUUCUGCGCGACAAAUCCAAAAUAGGAUCGUAAAUCCAGCAAGAGCUGUCAACAUAACUAUGCCUGGCUCGCUUAUUGAGAUGGAGGAUGACCUCGAGCCAUAUUUAUUGGAGCCUCGUUCUAGCAGCGCUGAGGAUUCCUGCUUAUCUCGACUCAUCCGAGAGGUCGCCAAAGCAGGGUUCCCCAGUUUCAAAGAAACUCCUUCCUGGCAAGAUCGGAGCGACGAUCCAAUAUUCUUCAUAUUCCCAGACGUUGAUGAAUUCAUUCCUCUGUCUGCCUUCAGGGCAUUCCAUGGUAUGUACGGGUACCAGAAGGAACCCGAAAAGCACUACGAAGAGUCGGAAUGCCAUUAUGUCAGUUCGCCUUCACCUCAAACUCCAAACGAGUUUGCAACUGUGCGAGAAGUAAAAAAUGAUGACGCCCAUCUUUUCCAAAACUGUUCAACCCCCUCGGAUGAAGGAAAACAAGUUGACGAACCUUUGGAUUCGCGAAAUGAAGCGAAAUAUCAACACGGCCGCGAAGGAACCCCUCCUUGUGAAGAAAGCCGACUUUCUCCCCAGGGCUAUGACACUGAAGGAGACCAAGACUGGGAAUUUUCACGGCAUCACGUAAGACCUGAACGUAAGCCAUUUAUGGGGAAUAUGAGAGCCGCUUCCCGCCCGAGCCGCUUUUCUGAAUCGUGUCGUCGGGAAACCCAAUUACAUGACAGAAAACCCUUGAAUCUGGCAAAUCGUCGCUUUUCAGAUGACAGGUACAAUUCACGUUCAUAUCGCUCACGUGUGAAGCGUUCUCCCCCACGGCAUGAUAGAUAUCAUCGCGUUCCGAAUGGGGAGAAACUGCCACCACGAAAAGCCAGUUUCUCAACAAAUAGCGGCCCACCCAAACGACGUUAUAGCCAUGCUAGAAGGUAUGAAGAUAGCCUGGAUAAAUUUGAUGAAGGUUCUCCGCCACUCAGGCGCCAUAGUCUUGAGGGCGGUCCACCUUCGACCAAACGAAAAUUAUCCCACGGUCACAAUGGUGUGGCUUCUAGGGCGGAGCGCUCCCCUCCUCCUUCCAGUGCGCGAAAACGCAGUUAUGAUCAACGAGACGAGCCAGAUGCACGGCCGGACAAGCCGAUUCGUCAGGAGGAUGAUGUCACACCUCGACUCAAGAAGCGACAACCAAAAGUUGCUGAGGCGUUUAGCCGGCGAUGGUAACUCGAGACAUUUUUCCAACUCCCCUCAAUUCAUUCUCUUUUUAGAAGGGAUUCAAAUUCGGCAACUGAUUCUCCUGUUUCUGCACGAUUCCUUGUCGAUUUUCUUGCAUAAACUAGUUUCUUUCACUUUACGUUGUGCUAAAUCAAUGUCAUUGUCGUUCACGCUGUCGUUUGCUUUGUUGAUUUCUCUGUUCUUUGGGAAGCUUUAGCCGAUGCGAAUAUUUUAUCUGAUACUGUGUUCGCGUUUUCAUCAAAGACUGAUUUGAACUUGCUUCUCAAAUGACUUUAUGACGUCCGCU